GGAGGAAAUCCCUUACAUGGAGCAAAGAGUCACCAAUAACGGUUUCAAUCAGAGCAGUGAACUACUGGAGCAUGUUCAACCUCACAAAGAGAUGAAGUUCAGCGGUAAAGAUGAAUCCAGUAGUUGGAGUCAUGACCCUCCGGAGAGAGAAAUGAAUCCAAUUAAUGAGGAGAUUAAGGAUCAUGUUCGGUACAGGAAAUUAUACAAGGCUUUACAAGAAAAUGACUGGAAAAGUGUAGAUGAUUUCAUAAGGCUAAAUUCUGAUGCCUUGACAGCCAAUAUUAGAGUACAUUGGCAGGAGACCAUUUUUCACAUAAUUACUCGGAAGUUAGGCACACCCUUUUGGCUUAUCAAGAAGCUUGUUUCAAAGGUCCCUCCAAAGCAACUAGAACAGUUGACAGAUCGGUAUGGCGGAACGGCUUUGUUCUGCGCUGCUUCGUUCGGAAAUAAAAAGGCUGCAGAAGCUUUUGUGGAUAGGAACAAGGAUUUGCCCAACUUUCCGAACAUCUAUGGUUUACUUCCGAUUCACCGAGCUGCGGCAUGUGGCCACAAGGAGAUGAUUCAAUAUCUACUGAAAGUGACAACUGCUCCUUUGAAUGAUGACAAAGGCGUUACACUGCUAAAAAGUUUGAUUAGUUCUGGACUCUAUGGUUCAGCUUUUGAUUUAUUGAAGAAAUAUCCGGACUUAAUAUCUAAGACUGAGGACAGAGGAAGUAUAUUAGAAGCGCUGGCUAAUAAGCCUCUUGCAUUUGAAAGUGGGAGUGGGUUUGGCUUUUGGCGACGCUUAAUCUAUCAUUGGAUUCCUUUACAGGAAGAACAUAUUCAUUACCCUGAAAAUGUGCAUGGAGAUGAAGAGAAUCAAAUUGAGAGUUCAAAGAAGUAAAACAAUUCACUUUUUUUGGAUCUAUCGUUCGACAAAUCCUCACUAGAUUUGGUGCUUUGGGCCAAAGAUUACACAUUAUGCUCUGGAAUGCCCUCACACAUUUAGUUCCAGGCAUCAAAUACAUUCGUGAUACGAAGUUAAUGCACAUGCAAACCCUUGAAAUAGUUCGAAUUAUGUGUCAUGAGGGAGUUAUUUGGAGUAGUGAAGAAGCCUCCCAGUCAUUGUGCAACCCAAUUCUCACAGCCGCAAGAUUGGGGAUUUGCGAGAUUGUCCGUGAAAUUCUGAAGGCCUAUUUCUAUUCUUACACUUUUGGGAAUGAAAACCGACAUGCUAUAUUUCAUCUUGCAAUUUUACAUCGCCAGGAAAAAGUUUUUAAUCUAGUAAAUAAAAUGGACUCGUUUUUAUGGGAGUGGAAAGCGGCCAACAAGUAUGAAAGAACCAACAACAUUUUGCAUUUAACUGCACGGUUGGUAAUUUCAAGUCAAGUCUCUGGCGCAGCAUUGCAAAUGCAAAGAGAGUUACAAUGGU